UUUUCACUUUUUAAGACGUUUUAUUCAAUUACAACAUACAUAAAAGUGGACAACUCACUGAAUUUUCAGAAACAGAACACACGGCGCCACACCCAACAUCAGGAUCAUGAAACAGAACAUUUCCAGCAGCACAAAGCCGCCUUGCGCUUCCACCAGGCGUCCCUCAACAGUUUCAAGCCCCGCAACGUGAAGCGCACAGAAGUCUGGCUGCAUUGAGGUCUCCGGCCCGGUCCGCCAGGUUCCCGGCAUGCAGCGCGGCGAUCCCGACGUGCCCCGCGGCGCGCGGAGCCGGCUACCCGGUGCGCUGUGAGGAGGGCGGAAGCGGUGGCGGCGUAGCGUGAGGCUGCGUGUGCGCUGGCGGGCGGAGGCGACAACUCGGGGUCGACAUGGAAGUGUGUUCCAGUUACUGACUGAUCUGAAAGAGCAACGGAAAGAAAGUGGAAAGAACAAACACAAUUCUGGGCAACAGAACUUGAAUACUAUCACCUAUGAAGCUUGAAAUUCCUUUGAAGUUAUGUCUAGGUGGGAUUCUCUCUUUUAAAAAAAACAUUAAAAUAUAUAUCAAAAACACCAUGCAGGCACCAGAGUCCUGAGAUUGUCAGAGAGUUUCUCACAGCAAUGAAAAGCCACAAGUUGACCAAGACCAUGAUGUUGAUGUAUGAUGUUGGACAGGAGCGAUAAGAGCAGACAUCCCUACCUUGUUCCUGAUGUUAUGGGAAGGCUUUCAGUUAUUUACCAAGCUGAAAAGCUUCAGCUGCUGAACCACAGGCCUAUGACUGCUGUUGAGAUCCAGCUGAUAGUAGAAGAGAGUGAAGAACGGCUCACGGAGGAGCAGAUCGAAGCCCUCCUCCACACCGUCACAAGCAUUCUGCCUGCAGGGCCAGAGGCUGAACAGAAGAAAAAUACGGAUGACGUGACAAUGGACGAAGAGGACCCAGCAUAGAGGAGCACAGCUGGCCCAACCACCUCAUGAAGCUGAAAGGCCCAGCAGCCAUUUCCCAGACAUUCAGAGGAUUGUUCAUUUGGUUGUACCCUCUAUCCCAGCAGGCCUGAUUUCAUGGUUAGUUGGAUAAAUCACAAAAAUAAGCUAAAAAGAAGUACUUGUGCCUCUGGGAGAUGAAACAUGGUGAAGACAGGCUGAGGUUGUCAGGGCAGAGAGCUAAAGAGAGGAGGACAGAGCCAAAGAGGACAAUAACUGUGGAACCCUCUGUGGUCAAAAUAUUUCUUCUGUGGCCUUUGCCACAGUUGUGGGAAGGCCCCCAUACACAGCUGGUAAAGUACUUGUGUUGCCUUUGAUGGGCUGUGUCCUAAUUAGUUUCAUCUGCUUCCCUAGGAGCUUCCCAAGCAGGGGCUCUGAGCACUGUUGGGAUGAGAGCAGAGUUAAGAGAAUCCCGUUAGAUGACUAGAAACUCCCAGAGCAGCAGAUAGUUGCUUUAGGUUAAAAUGAGCCACUGAAUUUGGCUUACCUCAGAGGAAUCUUUUCCUCGAGAACAUUGGAGAUAAGAGAACAGCCUGGCCAACCCUUGAUCGGGUCUGAAGGCUUGUUUCCUUUGCUGGCAGGGAUGGUGUUUACCAGCUCACACUAUUCAGUCUUAAAUGUUAGGGUACCGACCGGCCCAUUCCAGUUGAAAAGCAGCACUCCAGACUGAAUGACAGCUCAGCAGAAGAACAGCAUUGGCCGCCUUUCUAAUGACCUUCGGUUUCCUGCCCUGAGACAGGAGCCCUGAGUAGACACCUUUGUGUCAAGUCUGGGUGAACUUCAUUUGCAUGAUGGGCAAAUUGUCUGCAUCUUUUGAAAGGGGUCAGUUAUAUAGUUCUUCAUGGAUAAAAUACGGAGAAUCCGGAGGUUGGUUCCUAAGAAUUUGAAUUUGUUAGCUGUUGCAAGGAUGUAUCAGUUUUUUAAUUUAAAAUAUUAGGAUAAUUACCAUGUGAAGAACUUAUUGAUACUGAGGCUUUGGAGAGUUCAGUAGCUCCAGAUGUGUGGUUGCCCUAAUCCUAGGAAUGUUGCUGAAAAUUAAUUUUCCACAUUCGCUCUGCUCCUGACUUGGGGAAGAAAAUGCCCACAGACACUAAUUUUCCAAAUUGGUACUUAUUUUGUUGUGAGAUUACAUAUUUUCAGUGCUGCUGUUAACUGGAUGACUUCCCACCCCCUUGCAAUUUCCAGGUUAUUUCAACCUCCCUACCACCCCUGCCAGUUGCACUCAUGUCUUUCUUAACCUUAUCAUCUGAGGAUCACCUGAGAUGUGUUUACAGGCAAAACUGGAAUUCACAGGGCAUUUAUAUUGAAGUCUCUUGUCUAUAUUGGGAAUUUUACCAGGAAUUGUUGAUUUUUCUUGUCAAGGCAUCACAUGGGUACCUAUGCCACUGUUUCAUUUUAACUGUGAGUGUGUUUGAUGUAUUUUUUUUAAUGGAUUAACCUAAUUAAUAAUAAAUUGUUUCCAAGUGACCACCAA